AUGAGCCCCAGCCGGGGCUGGACACCAAAACAGACAGACAGACAGACUUGGACUUACACCCCAACAUGCUGCAACUGCCAGUUGGCUGAGGGAGACAAGCCACAUCCCGCCAACUAUUGGGGUUGCAGACACGCCAGGGAAGAGCUGCAAAAAAGGAAGGCGAAAAGAACACCGAAAACUGCCACGGAGGUGUUCUCAUCGAACUUCACCCCAGGCGUGUCCUUCAUGGCGGCACUAAGAGGCAACGCAGAACAACAGCGACCCCAGGCAAACCCCGCCCCAAUGAUCUGCCCUACAGUAACAAAACAACAAAAUGUACCGGCCCCUGCACUGCAGAAGGAAACAGAGUCUCGCUGUGACUGCCAACACAUGUUAUUGACUCUGGGGAACCCUCAACCAGUACUAAUUGGGACCAUAUGAACUCAUUUGUCACCGCAAGAUUCUUGUUCGUCUUCCGCCGCACCAUUCAAGGAUCUUGGCAGGGUAAUGUCGAUGCUAGCAUCCUUUAAAUUACAAACUAGGUCACCCUCCUUAAAACAGGCAUUUCAUUAUUGCAAUUAACCUCUGCUUGCCUCAGAGUAGCAGGAGUCAUGUGUGACUGCCUAUCACAUGGUCCUAAACACAGUUUCCCUGGUAAUUAUUAUGGGUGCCUUUAUUUUGGGGAUUACAACUUUGCCCAAGAUUACUCGUCUUUGGACCCUGUCCCUCACUCUGCAUCUUAGAGAGGUAUGACCCUUCCUUCCACAUCUGUCACAUGUCAACUUGUGACAGCAGUUCUGGACCACAUGCCCCACUUUAUCACAUAUAAAACAUUUUCUAUGAUCUUUAAUUGCAGGCAUUACUUCUCUCUUAAUUACUCCUUGUUGUGUACCUCCCUGUUCCAUCUCAUUUUGAACUUUAGAUUGUCCAGGAAUCGGACCUGACAACCAUUUUGAUUGGAGCGAAAUCUUUGACUUCUCAGUUCGCUUUCCUCCUUACCAGCUGUUUCUGUUAACUGUAAGAGUGUGAUGUCAUCACUCAUCUUACUUUUCAGCAAAUAUUUAAUUCGGUCAUCUUUCAAACCAUUGACAAAUGUUCCCCUAAUUGCUUUAAGGGAUGAGGUAACUGUCUUCAUUUUUUAAGUUUUUGAUCCAUAUAGUGAAUUUCAACAAACUGUGAUCUAUCUGUAAGAUACGAUCUCAUCCAUGCAUGAGAUAUUCCUCUCAGUCCAUACGGUUCCAACUUUGCAAGCAGCAAAUUAUGAUUAAUAACAUCAAAAGCCUUUGAUAGAUCCAGAAAUAUACCAAAGGCCAG